AUGAAGGAUGAACCUUCACGCAAAAAAAGAUCAUUUAGUGAUGGUCAUUUUUUCAAAAAACUGAAAAUGAUGUCAAGGAAAAAGCAUCCUGUAAUGGAAAGAAGCAAGACUACUCGUACAAGGAAGGAAUCUACCAAUUCCGCAGCGAAAUCGUCGCUAUCAUUAAGGAGGGCCAACAAUGGCCGAAAUGCUAUUGCCAAAAGAAGAGUACUGACCGAUAUAGGCUCUACUAAUGAAGGGGUUAUUGGUAACUCUGCGUCAAACUCACCUGACAAAGAUUCUCAUAAUCCUCAUUUUAGUGAUUCCAUCCCACCGCUUCCUUUAGAACUACCGGAUAUCGUUUCAAUAAGAAGUAGUAGAAGUCACAUCAGCAAUAAAAGUAAUAAAAGCAGUAAGAGCAGUAAGAACAAGCAUGGUAUAGACUUAACGUUCAUGCCUCGCAGAUCCUUGCAAAAUUCUAAAGCUGGCUUGAAGAAACUGAAUACUUCUCCGCAAGGCUAUUUUAAUAUUCCGGUAACCAUAGAUAGAGCAAGCGAGAACAUCAAACAUGCAGAUACGAAAAUAACAUUCAACUCUUCCUCUUCAGAGAACGAAAGACCAGUUUUGAGUAUUUUACAGAAGGAUGAUACUCAAAAUUCUUCGAAUCCAACUGUUGAUGCGACAUCUGCACCUCAUAAUAUUAGCAAUAACAACAAUAUCGAAAAUUCUACGAACAGUUUAUUUGAUACUAUCCUCUCAAUUGCUCAUAGCGCCAUAUCACAUGUCCCCAAAAUUUCGGCCUUGAAUACAGAAAUACAGCGUGAAUUAUCACACUCCAGUGAAAACCAUACCGGCUCCAUCCGUCAUUCGUAUUCUAAUCAUCAUCAUGGUCAUCACAAACAUCCUUUGGCUCAGCAGCAGAGGAAUUUGUUAGUUUCUGAAAAUACUAAUCAAAAUGCUAAUGACACAGUACUCAUUCAUUCUCCCUCCACCAAUACAGCUCAUCGCAGCUCUUCAUUUUUGCGUCGUUUGGAUUAUCUAUUAUCCCCCAAUCCUGCCCCUUCCUCUGAUAAACAUGUUCAAGGUGAGGAAGAAGAAGAUGAGGAAGAAUCUUCGCCGCUUUCGAAAGUGUUUCUCUCUCCAUCAACUCAACUUCUAACUACUAACACAUCGACCACACUGCUUUCUGAUUCAUUGACACCUAACGAUAAAAAUAUAAAUGCGAACUCUAACUAUGAAAACGAGAAUGACAAUGAUAGGGACGAUAGAUCUAUUGCAGGCAAAGUGAAAUUUCAACCCUUGAAAGUGCACGAACCUGCAAUUUCUACUUUUGGUAAAGGGAAUUUAACUCUAGAGGCAGUGGCAGGAUCCUCUGAUAUCGACAAUACAAGCAUUGAUCUGGACGAAAACAAUACCAAUAACAACAGCAAUGUUCCAAAUGCAAGUUUAACAAAUUUGAGUCAUUUGAGCAAAAAUAACAUGUGCAUUAACCAUGGGUCCAAGGACUUGAACGCGAGCUAUCGUAAUAGUAGUUAUAUCGAUAUGGCAAGGUUUGAAAAUUCACAAUCAAAUCUCUCUAGUCAAAGGGCAAGAAGUAAGACCUUACCUGCGAAUAAAGCACUUGAAAAUGCUGCAAGCGAUGAAAAUAAUAGUAAAAGAAAUUCAAGAUACUCUUCUUAUUCCAAUGAUAUGACUUUUGAUGACGCUGAAGAAAGAAAAUUUAGAAGUACGUCUAAGAAGUUCUUGAACAGAAGAUCAUUUUCACCAUCCAACUUAGGCAAUAAAGUAAUUCCUGGCAUUAAUUUAAGGAAUUCGUUCAACAAGACUAGGAAUAAUAGUUCUGAUUUAUUUAGUACAAACCAGGGCCAACAAAUGCCAAGAACAAGCACUGCUGGCUCAGGUAAUAUCCAUGCGAUAAUGGGCUUGGAUUCUGGCACUACUGAUUUCAAGUUACAAGGUAUUGAAUACGCUUCAGAGAAGAAGAACAGUGAAUUUCACACGCUUUUUAGAGAUUGUGAUAUUAAUCCUAACGAAAAAUUAAUUGUUGAUCAUAGUUGUGCUUUAUCUCGUGAUAUACUUUUACAAGGGAGGAUGUAUAUCUCUGAUGCACAUAUUGGAUUUUUCUCAAAUAUUCUGGGAUGGGUUAGCACAGUUUUCAUACCGUUCAAAGAAAUUGUUCAAAUUGAAAAAAAGACCACAGCUGGAAUUUUCCCCAACGGUAUUGUAAUUGAUACUUUGCAUACAAAAUACAUCUUCGCCUCUUUUAUGUCAAGAGAUGCUACCUUUGAUUUAAUAACAGACGUUUGGAAUCAGAUCAUCUUGGGUAAAAAAUAUAGAAAUGGUUUCCAAAAUAAUGAUGACGGCACAAUAAGUGAUUCAAGCAGUGCAUUCUUUGAUGAUUAUGAUGAUGACGACGACGAUGGAGACCUGGAUGAUGAUGAUCCAGAUAUUAAUAGUACAGAUAUGACAUCCAGUGACGAUAUAGACGCUGAUAUUUUUAAUGAAUCAAAUGAACUUGGUAAGAACCAAAAAUCUACCAAUUACUUAUUAGGCCCAAACAGACAUUCUCCAACCACUGUUGACUUCAAACCUUCCAGCAAUGAACAUUUGGUUAUUGAGGCAACUAUCAACGCGCCUUUAGGAAAAGUAGUAAAUCUUUUAUAUGGCGAAGACGUGUCUUACUAUGAAAGGAUCUUGAAGGCCCAAAAAAAUUUUGAGUUAUCACCAAUUCCUAACAACUUUCUCACCACAAAGGUUCGCGAUUAUGCCUACACAAAACCUUUAUCAGGUAGUAUUGGUCCGAGUAAAACAAAAUGUUUAAUUACAGAUACUUUGGAACAUUAUGAUUUAGAGGACUACGUUAAAGUGUUUAGUGUUACCAAGAAUCCGGACGUUCCAUCAGGAAAUAUCUUUUCCGUAAAAACCACUUUCCUUUUUUCUUGGGAUAAAAAUAACUCCACGAAGUUAACAGUUUACAAUUCUGUCGAAUGGACUGGUAAAAGCUGGAUUAAAAGUAUGAUUGAAAAGGGAACAUUUGAUGGUGUUGCGGACACUACAAAGACGAUGAUAUCUGAAGUUAAGAAUAUUCUAAAUGAUGAAGAUUCAAAUAUAAAGUCGAAACAUCAAGCCAACAAUAUAGAAUCAGAGGAAGAAACAGCUAAUUUACCCACUAUUGGACCUCCCAUUCACGAUCCAACCGAACCUGAUUUUCAAAAAGGAAAAGACGAUACAAUUAUUGAUGAAAAAAUCAAUAUUCCAGUUCCUUUGGGAACUGUAUUUUCAUUAUUGUAUGGGGAUGACACUUCUUAUAUUAAAAAGAUUAUUGAAAAUCAGAAUAACUUCAAUGUUUGCGAUAUUCCCAAAUUUGUGAAUAACGCGAGGGAGAUUAUUUACACUAAGAAAUUGAACAAUUCAUUCGGCCCGAAGCAAACUAAAUGUAUAGUUACAGAGACCAUCGAACAUAUGGAUUUGAACAGUUUCUUCAUGGUAAAACAAAUAGUAAAAUCUCCAGAUGUUCCGUACGGUAGUUCCUUCUCAGUCCAUACGAGAUUUUUUUAUUCUUGGGGUGACCAUAAUACAACAAACAUGACAGUCGUGACUAAUGUUGUUUGGACGGGUAAAUCUAUGCUCAAGGGAACAAUUGAGAAGGGAUCGAUUGAUGGACAAAAAAGUUCUACUAAGCAACUUGUCGAUGAUCUUAAGAAAAUUAUUUCUAAUGCUGGCUCAACCAAAAAAAGAUCCAGGAGAAGAGGAAAGACAAUGAACAAGAGAAAAUCGUCAGCAACAACUACCAAAAAUGAAAAAAAUGAAGAAAACAUCGAAGCUACAAGUGCCAAACCUUCCUCUUUUUCCAUUUUUUCCAUGUUGCAACAAGUUAAUAUAACCUCAAUUCAAGGAAUUAUGACAAUAAUAUCCUUACUCGUCUGUCUGAUUUUCUUCUUUAAAUUAAUAUUUUUUUCCAGAAAUACUUCCAACAUCCAAAUUAUUACUCCAGGAACAAUCCUAAUUAACGGAAACGAAUAUAAUUACGUUCCCAACUUUAAAACACUCUACCACGUCUACGAAGAUAAUAUCGUAAAAGAUGCCCACCGCAAAGACUCGAAUAAAAAAAACAUAGUCACCGACACAGAAGGGUUGAUAUGGGACUGGUUGAUUGAUCGUGGAAAUGGAACUGUUCAAAAUGGCAUUUUAUCUAAUCAUAUGAAGGAAAGAAAUAACAAAAAGGUUAAACUAGUGAAUGGUGUUAGUGAUCAUAAAAUACAGCAGCUAGUUGAAUCAAUCAAAGUCACCGAGUUGCAGCUGCAAGAAAUGAAAGAGUUACUAGCUAAAACAGAUAAUAUGUCGUCUGCUGACCAAUUACUGUAA